GCCUUCUAAAUCCGGGCCCGCGGAUGGUUCAGGAAUCUGCAUGUUUUUACAUCGGAAGAAUGUGCCCUUUUAUUUAAAAUGCAUCUCUUAGUUAUUUGUAGGGCCUGCCUGGUGUUUUUUUUUGUUGUUUAGUCGUUUAGUCGUGUCCGACUCUUCGUGACCCCAUGGGCUCUCCACACCAGGCACUCCUGUCUUCCACUGCCUCCCGCAGUUUGGUCAAACUGUCCAACCAUCUCGUCCUCUGUCGUCCCCUUCUCCUAGUGCCCUCAAUCUUUCCCAACAUCAGAGUCUUUUCCAAGGAUUUUUCUCUUCUCAUGAGGUGGCCAAAGUAUUGGAGCCUCAGCUUCACGAUCUGUUCUUCCAGGGAGCACUCAGGGCUGAUUUCCUUAAGAAUGGAUAGGUUUGAUCUUCUUGCAGUCCAUGGGACUCUCAAGAGUCUCCUCCAGCACCAUAAUUCAAAAGCAUCAAUUCUUCAGCGAUCAGCCUUCUUUAUAGUCCAGCUCUCACUUCCAUACAUCACUACUGGGAAAACCAUAGCUAUACGGACCUUUGUCGGCAAGGUGAUGUCUCUGCUUUUUAAGAUGCUGUCUAGGUUUGUCAUUGCUUUUCUCCCAAGGUCAUCAAAGGAACUCCUAGUUCUUCAAUGCUCUCUCCUGCAGUUUCCCACAACUGCAAGCAUUGCUGCCCCCAACUACGGAGAACAGCCAUCCAGGCUAGUAGCUCUUGAUAGCCCUCUCUUCCAUGAAUUUGUCUGCAGUGGUACCUUGGUUCUCAAACGCCUUGGUACUCAAACAACUUGGAACCCAAACACUGCAAACCAGGAAGUAAGUGUUCUGGUUUGUGAACCUUUUUCAGAAGCUGAACAUGCUCCGUUUUGAGUGUUGCUCUUCCAAUUUGAGUGUUACGCUGAGGUCUGUCUGUUUUUGCUAUUUAUUUUGCGUUUUGGGGGCUCUGUUUUGUUUUUGUGACUGUGGAGCCCAGUUCAGCUACUGAUGGAUUGUGUGACUGCAGUACAUUGUUUAUUGCUUUCAUUUUAUGGAUCAAUGGUCUCGUUAGAUAUAAAAUGCAUGUUUGCAGUUUGAAAACCCAAGGUACCACUGUACAGUAAUUCUCUUUUGAUGCCAUCUGGGUCAGUGGCCAGCUGCUUCCUGAGGGAGGGAGUUCCACAGUUUCAAUUCCACACUGCCGAACUCCAAAGCCUGGCCAGGGUUGCCAAGUUGACAAAAAAAACCCUACAAACAUGCAUUCCUGGUCAGAUGCUGCAAUACUUCUUGCAUACAGUGGUAUCUUGGUUCUCAAACUGAAUCCGUUCCCAACGUUCGUUCCAAAACCAAAGUGUUCCAAAACCAAGGAGUGCUUUCCCAUAGAAAGUAAUGCAAAAUGUAUUCAUCCAUUCCAGACUUUUAAAAACAACCCCUAAAACAGCAAUUUAACUAUCUUAGUAGUAAAAUUGUGGUUUGCAGUGUUUGGGUUCCAAGUUGUUUGAGUACCAAGGCGUUUGAGAACCAAGGUACCACCGUAGCAGUUUCUGAAAACCGCAGGAGGAGGCUGUGUCAGGAUUCUGCUUGCAGAUUUCCCUCUCUGGAUGACUUUAUGAGAACAGGAUGCCAGACUAGAUGGGCCGUUGGCCCGAUUCUCUGGCCAGAGUUGACAAAACCGCACUUCUCUAUAAGUUUCAAUUCAGCGUUUUCCGCACUGGCAUUUUUUAAAUGCUUGCCUCUCUCUUUUCAAAGCUCCUUUGUUCGAGAUUCACCCCUCUGUAAAUUCUUCAGCCGCUUUGGCGUGGCAGUUUAGCCACUGCCUAGAUCUUCCUCCCAGGCUCCCGGUCUUUCAAAACUAAAUCCUUGCCCAUCGCCAGGCUGCAAGCAGGAGGGCUUGUUUAUAAACAGCCGGGGCGAAGGAGGAAACGAAUUGGGCGGCUGGCUUGAAACCUUCUGCCCGGGAUGGUUUUGUAAUCGUACCUCUGGGCUGUGGCGUGUGUGUUGUGUGUGUCAUCCAGGAAGCAGGUUCUGCAGCUGAACAGAAAAGGAAAUUUGGCAGUGGGAGGCGGGCGGGGUGUGGCAUCCCAGGUUCUUAAACAGCCAGGCAUAAAAAGCUGCCCAGAACUGUUCAGAGGUGCCGCCGGCAACGAACCAUGCAAGCUAUGUUGGUUUCAAUAUAAGGACAUGAGCAUCACAGACGUUGCUGCCUCACUGCUUAGGACGGAGGAUUCCUUCGCUGCCUGCCUUGCUCGGAUCAACAGCGUCCUCCUCCAGCCCCUCCUGCAGUCAGGGUCUUUUGAGAAAACGAAGCUCUUGGUCGAGCUGAACGACCGCUUCCAAGUCGUCUGGGACCUGACGGAGGAGGACUACAGAACUCUGAAGCAAACCUUCGGCGUGUCAGAAUCCGUCAGCGUCCAAGACCUGUACCUGGCCCAGAAAGCCGACUUGUUCCUUGACGCUUACAUCCAGUACUUCUCCACUUUCACCAGUUGUGUCGUGACCCAAGUCUUUGACCAUGCUGCCAGAAAUAAAAGUGAUUUCUGGAAGACCCACAAGCCGUCGCUGCAGCAGUUCCUCGCGGACUUCUCUCCGGGGACGUCCAUCGCUGUCGCUCUCCACACUGUGCUGCACAAGCCCUUCUGGGAGCACCUCCAGAAGUACAGCCUGGUCUUCUCCCAGCUCAAGGAAGCUCCAGGCCAGUACCUGGUUAAAGAAGUGAGCGAAGCUGCGGAAGGUUUUGCAAAGCUUCACUUGUUCAUUUGUCAAGCUUUGGAUGAAGCCAACCUCACGCGGAGCCUCUGGAAGUCCCUGGGGCACAAGUUCACGGAUGUUCUUUGCGUCCCUGAGAGGAGGCUGCUGGAAGACAGCCAGAAUCUUGCCAUCUUUCCCAGCACAGGAAGAUCCGACCGGGUUCUGCUCUUCAACGACAUCCUUGUGCUGAUUCAAGGGAACACCUUCCAGAGUUUUGACCUGAAGCUCACCUGGGUGGACGCGACCUUCAAGGAAACUGGAAAGCACACGCUCCGCAUCAACACCCCAGAAGGCAUGUUCUUCCUCUUGGCCAAAGAACCAGAGUCACGGGCCGUGUGGCAGUGGAAGCUGAAUCAGGCCGUGCGCCAGGCUCUGUGUGGGAAGCGAGACUUCCCUCUGUGGGGCGAGGCCGGUCGAGGGAGAGACCCACCCGUCUGCCGCUUCUCCAGCUUCACAUUCCGGGAGGAAGGAAGGUUCAAGGGCGCGACCUACGAGGGGGAGUGGCGGCUGUGUAAACCGCACGGCAAGGGGACACUGACGUGGCCAGAUGGUCGGAAUUAUGUCGGGGAUUUCCAGGAAGGCCUGGAACAUGGGUUUGGCAUCUGCCUCAUCCCUCGCGCCUCUGAGGACCGCUAUGACUGCUACAAGUGUCACUGGAGAGAAGGCAAGAUGAGCGGUUAUGGUAUUUGCGAGUAUGGCGACGAGAUGGUCUACAAAGGGUAUUUCAAGGACAACGUACGCCAAGGGUUUGGCAUCUUGGAGAACCCUUCGGACGCUGAGCAGCCAUUCAAGUACUCAGGGCACUGGGAAAAUGACAAGAAACAAGGCUAUGGCGUCUGGGACGACAAAGAGAGAGGGGAGAGGUACAUUGGGAUGUGGCAGGAAGACCAGAGACAUGGACCGGGGCUUGUGGUCAUGCAGUCAGGCGUCUGCUACCAGAGAACUUUCCACAUGGAUAAAAUGGUGGGAUCUGGGACCCUCCUCCUGGAAGACGACUCAAUCUUUGUGGGAAACUUCACCAGAGACUUGACUUUCGUCGGCAAAGGCAAGCUGACCUUCCCAAACGGAUUCACUCUGGAGGCCACGUUCAGCAGCAAAUCGACCCACGGGCUGCAAACUCAAGGAGUCCUGGACACAUCCGGCGACCAGCAGGAUGACACCACAGAGAAACUCCAGCUGGGUCAGGAAGUAUUCCCGGUAGAGAAAAGAUGGGAAGGCCUCUACAGCCCCUUCCUGGAGUUCAUCCACUCAGGGGGUCAAGGGGAAACAGAGGAGGCUUUCAUGGGCUUCCACGUUCAGACGAGCAAAGAGCUGCGGAAGUCCCAGGAGUACCUCUUCUGCCACAGAGGGACUGAAGAGACUCCCAGGAAAGUGGACUACCUUGAAGAACUAAUUGAACACCAGGAGGAGGACCUGCAAGAAUACCUUCACCAGGCGCUGCACUCUUCUCUGCACCCCCUGGGGAAAUUCCUGAAGGCUCUGACUUUGGCGUUCCAGGCCAGCUACUCUGGGAUUGGAGCAAACAAGCACCUUCUCAGCAUGGCGCAAGAGGAGGUCAAGCAUUACGCAAAGAAGAUUUGGGAAUUCUACCAGGGCUUGCUGCGUCUUGCGUUGGAGGUCAAAGGUCAACCGUCUACCGAAGGCAUGGAGGAGAGUGACCUCAACGGACCUGCCCUCGUGCUGCCCCUCAUCCUGCCGUGUUUCUACCCUGAGCUCUCGAUGCUCUACAUGCUUUACCACCAGAAAGAGGAUGACCUGUAUUGCCAAGGGAUUGUGGAUCUGAGCCUGUUUCCUGAUGUUAAGCUGCUUGAAUUCCUGGAGGUCCAAAAAUAUUUGUGGCCCCUCAAAGAUCUGACGCUAACAAGUAACCAGAGACGAUCGCUGGUCAAAGACCGCUGCUUUCUAUCUGCUACUGAAUGUCUACAGAAGCUGAUCACUACUGUUGACCCGCGGGAGAAACUGGACAUCCUCCAAAAAACAUAUGAGGAGAUUGAGAAGACAGUGAACCGGGUGCUGGAGAAGGAAUAUAGCCUGCCAAUGGACGACCUCCUCCCUCUGCUGAUGUAUGUUGUGACACGAGCAAGUAUACAACAUUUAGGAGCAGAAAUCCACCUGAUCAGAGAUCUGAUGGACCCAACAAAUGAAGGAGGCAUGUACGACUUCCUGCUGACGGCGCUGGAGUCGUGCUAUAAGUUCAUCCAGAAGGAAAUAAGACUCCGCCCAAGUUGGCAGGUACUACACAAUUCCUGAGAGUUGCACAGCAGCAUUCAUUGUCCUAACAAAGGAUGCUGGAAAGAGAAGGAACUUGAAAUUGUCGCUGCUGGGUUUUUCCAUUUUUUGGUAUGUCUUUCCUAUGGGAAGGAUGUUUGGUUUUUAAGACACAAUUUCUUUGAAAUUGACAUUUGAAAAAAAGAAUGGUUCUUUGACAUUGGUGAGAAGGCUGCAGACAGAAGGAAGAACUUGAUUCCAGGUGCAAAACUCCCGUUCCUUGUGAAUCAGCCUCAUGCAAAAUGCAUCAAAAGGACUCAUCAUUUUGGAGGCAAGAGGUUAAUCCUGGUCCUGCUGGGGUCAGAAACACAGCUAUUUUGAAGGUCACCAAAACCAGGAAUUUGCCAGAACCAAUCUUGUUUGGCCCAGUGCAAUUUUUUUAACCAAGCGCUUUAACCUCUUAUGUCAAAUUACCACCGUUUAUUAUUUCCUUAUUUAUGAUUCAUGGAGCAUCUUGCAAAAGAUAGUCUUGUGUACUGCUAAAACAUCCUGGUAGAAUGCAUAUUGGAGGUUUAGUUAAUGCACUGCUUGUGGUGCAAUCACUUUAUUUGGGCUUUUUGAAAUUUUGGCACCCACGCUGAAAUGGAAAUAUUUGAAGGAAGGUCAAAGUCUUACUUGUUUCAGCAAUGGCCUGCUGGCAAUCCAAACGCUCUGGUGAGCAGUCAGUGAUCUCUGGAUCACCAUUAGCACAAUAAUGGCAAUUGAAGCUCACUCAACCAGGAGUUCAGAUAACCAAUGCGACCCAGCUGGUCGGUCCAGCUCCUACCAUACCACUUGGAUUGUGAUGAUGCCCUUGAAUUUGCAAAGGCUCUCCUCUCUGCCUUUCUCCCAUCAAAAGCAAACGGCAUAUCUCCAAUACCAGGACAGAAAAUGUUCCACCACACAUUCCAUUUAUUCAAAGCUGCCAACUUACCUUUUACCCGAUUACCCCUUUUCCAAAGUAAAGGGAAGAUCACUUCAUGGAUUGAUUUCCGCACCCAGUUAUCCGCUGGAAAAUGCAGCUCAAAGUGUAGAGUUUUGGAAGUUACAACAACCGAGAGCUGUAGUUACACACAUAAGCAGUGCCUGUAUUUUUCAUGCAAGGGAGAGUGAACAUGGACCACCCAAUUUUUCCAUUGACAUCACUGCUUCUUUUAUUUGGGUUUUUGUGCUGACACACAAAUAGAACAGGACUUCCGGGAUCUACAUCUGGACUGGCAAAUCUAUGGCCCUCAAUGUUGUUGGAGGGCUCUGGAGUGCCGCAGGUUCACUAGCCCCAACCUCCACGGAGACAGGUUAAACUAUUGACCAAGACUACAAGGUGUUGGUAGUCAUGGUCCUGGAUUUUGGAGGUUUUUCUAAACAUCGGUUGUCUGUGUCUUUCAAACUGUUCCAUUGUGUUUGAACAGACUGAAAAUCUCAUAGUUGCCCUUGCUUUGAUGAACGAACCCUGCAUCCUUGCCUCAGAGCUUUUUUCUGCAAAAGGGUUGGAGUUGCAAACCUUUUCUAAGGUAACUGACAAGUUUAAUAUAAAAAUGCAGAGCCCCAUUUUCUUAGGUCAAAUUUAGCAAGAUAUGAGUUCUGGCAAAAGCCUGGUUUAUUCUUCAAUCUGUCUUCUGGGUGUAAACUAGGUCAAUAUUGGCUCAUUUUUGACUACUGAAGGCAUAAAAUAGUCGUUGCUUUGAAAUUAAUUGGAAGUGAAAACACUGUUUUUAUCUGAAUGGUGUAAGAGCUAAAAUGUAUGUUUUUAACUAAACAACUUUUUAAUGCUUUAAUAUGCUGCAUAAAACUCUACAUUACUGCCUCAUUGUAUUACACUGGAUAAAAUAUUUAAUACGCUAACUUCAUUAUAAAUGACUUUGUAUGGGAAUUUUUUUAUUGCGUUGUUUUGGAGAAAUGUAGCUAUUUAUAUGAAAUGAAUAAAUGAAGUUGCCUUAAUUGAGUCAGUCCACUGUUCUCUGAAUUCUAAUAUUGUCUUUGUUUAAAUGCAUUAUUUGGGGCCUUAAAAUGUUUUGAAACAAAAUUUACUGGAUUAAGGUGGGAACAGAAUUAUGGGUAAAAACAUGUGAAAGGGAGAUGGGACUGGAAAUUUGUCCAUCCCCAAUUUGGACUAGCUGUGGCUGUGAUGUUUUAAAGUACAGCUUCAAAACUGAACCUGCCCCCACCCUCACCCCCAGAGAAUGUGUGAUCUAUAUUGCAUAUCUGAGUACAUCAUAUAAUUUCACAGGGUAACAUCCAUGUGUGUAGGAAGGAAUUCCCUGAAGGUGCUUUGUAAAGUGUAUAGAACUUUUUAUUUCCCCCAUCUGAGCCUCAGCAACGCAGCCCCGAAUCAGCAAUUUGCCUGCCAAAGCACCAGAGAUCACUGCUCUAGGUUGCUCCACAACUGUGGCAAAUGGAGCAUUUUGUAACACGUAUACAGCAGUGUGGCCUUUACUCUCACCGUCCCUGAUCAUUGGGGCAGGCUAGCUGAGCACUGCAGUCAAACACCACUAGCAGAGUCACAGUGAUACCAGCCAUUCUCCAGAAAAACUUUGCAUCUGUGGGCAAACUAGAGUGAAUUAAAAAUGUGUGUUCCCUUUGGAAGCCUAGGAUGGCACAGCACAGAAAUCUCUCCCCCCCCCCAAAGCGGACAGAGCUGAUGUUGAUUGUCCUGAAAUAUUUUCAGCAUCAAACUGGCCAUCCGAAAGAAAGACAGAAACCACUGACACUUAAAUAUUUUUAAUGUGCAGUUUCAGAAAGGUCUCGGGGCAACUUGGCAGAACAGUCGAGGGUUGAGUAAACUUCAGCUCAGUGCUUAAACGUUCCCUACAAAGGGUUCAAGUGAAAGUCUAACAAACAGGCUAGAUAGCAAACGGGAACAAACUCAGCCAGUCCCCAUUCAGAAGAAAGCCCCUGCAAUUUUAGUUCUGCCACCGCUGCCAGCAGCAAGAGAAGUGCGUCUUGUACAAACCAUUUCCAGCCCUUACUCACAUACUGUACAGUGCUAUGACUUAAUUGUGCUCAGUAACAAGAAAUGUUGGCGCUGGUAUGUUAAAACCACUGGUCCCAAUGGUGACAUGCUCCAUUCCAAAAGACAGUAGCCACCCAAGGUAAAAAUGCAAGCUGGCCCCCAUUUUACCCCUUAUCCACUCAAGGGGAUCACUGCCAAGAUGUGCACCUGCUUUGCUUAGCUGUGUGCCGCAUUGAUACCUUUUCAGAGAGGUACACAUUUCCCACAAGGCAAAUGAGAGGAGACACAAGAGGGCCCUUUUGGCUUGCUGAAUGUUGCUGGUUGCUUCAAGAGCUUCUGCCUCGAUUGGCAGACUCUGCUAAACUAGCUGAGUCUGCCAAGCUUCUUCCUCUGCUCUUCCCUAGUGCCUUUUUUGGGGGUGGGGUGGGGGUGGGAGAGAGAGAGAAGGCUCCAGUUCCAGCCACUGCGUUCCUUUAGGAUAUUCUGCAUAGGCACAGAAACAAUUCCGAAAAUCACCGUUAAGACUGUAAUCCUGUACAGUCAACUGGAUUAUGGGUAGGCUGCCAUGCAAUAAGCCCUGAAGGGUGAUUUUUUUAAAAAAUGUCUAUUUUUUGGCCUCAACGUCUCUGAGGAUGGUCGUGUUACAACUGUCCAGGCAGUGAAAAAGGCACCACCAUUUCGGAAGUGAAAAAGAAGCAAGACCAUUCAACUACAGCUCUGAGACCACCUUUUUUGGGAAGUAACCAAAAAGGUAGCUUGAGAGAAGAGAGUGCUUGCAGCCCAGUUGCCCCAGCUUAUCAUACUGGAGGGGAGGGCACACAGAGUUCAGCUGCCAUGCUUGGCCUGUUUAGGCCCAGAGUCCCUGAAAGUGUAGUGCCAAUCCUGAGGUGAGUAUUCCUGAUUUCUCUCUCACACACAUACAGCAGAGAGUGAUGGAAGCAGGGGCUAUGAACAGGUGAGUAUUGCACACCAAUUAAUGAGGUGGUACACACCCCUUUUAUUCCCAUACUUACCUACCUCAAGGAGUUAAGCCAUUUCAACAUGUGAACUGAAAUCUUCUACUUUUCUUUCCCUCCCACCCCCAUAUUUAUUUUACUCAAAACACAUGUCUCUGGGAAGUGCUCAGGGGCAGGGAGGUGAGUUGGUGGGAGGGAAAGGGGACAGUUAUUGAUCGUGUAAAUAGGAUCAAAUGCUUCCACUAACACUGUGGGUAAACAUGAAGACUCACCUGUACAGUCUAGUGUGAAAUGCUUUUCACGUGUAUU